ACAACUUGAAUGUAAAGAAAAUUACAUUGCUAUAAUUUUAUUUAUCUUUUUAACUAAAAUUGAAAACAAAUUUUGCGUUUCAAGAGAGAACAAUCGUCAUUCUUUUGGUAUCUAUGACACCAAUCUCCAGAAAUCUCCAGAUUGCGUUCCAGCGCCUCCAGUAAAACCUCUGGUAGAGCCUCCAGUCAAGAAUUUAUUCUGGAGGCGCUGGAACAGGCCCAUGUUUAGUGUUUACAUGCGCCAUAGUAGCGCGCGCCGCCGCAGCAGCGACGUCCUUGAGAAUCCACAUCUGCCGAAGCUGCCCCUUGUUGCGGGGCAACUUCAAGGGUUUUGGAAUUUUCAGGGCGACAGGCUGCAAACCAUGAACUUGGACUAUUAUAUAAGAAAGCUAUAAUGCACUGCAACGGCAGGCACAGGUCUGAGCCUGCCCGCAUUUUCCAAGAAGACGAGGCCCUCAUCAACAAAAAACUUCCCAAAGAGGUGCUAAUCAGAGUGUUCUCUUUUCUGGACAUUGUCUCGCUCUGCCGGUGUGCCCAAGUGUGCAAAUACUGGAACAUUCUCGCCCUCGAUGGCAGCAACUGGAAACGCAUCGACCUCUUCUCAUUUCAGGUGGAUGUGCAGGGCUGUGUGGUGGAGAACAUCAGCCGCCGUUCCGGGGGUUUCCUGAAGGCUCUCAGUCUUCACGGCUGCCAGUGGGUGACCGACCCGGCCCUGCGUAUCUUCGCCGAACAGUGCAACAACAUCGAGGACCUCAACCUGCAGGGAUGCCGACGGAUCACAGACCUCACGUGCGAGAGCCUGUCGCAGCACUGCCCGAACCUGUACACACUGGACCUGAGGUCGACCAAUGUGGGAGACCGCUCACUCAAGUACCUGUCGGACGGGUGUCACAAUCUGCACCGGAUCAACAUCUCUUGGUGCGGCGACAUCACCGAAAACGGCGUGGAGGCGCUGGCUCGCGGCUGUCCGAAGCUGUCACACUUUAUCGCCAAGGGUUGUGACCAGAUCAAUGACGCGGCGGUGGUACAGCUGGCCCGUCACUGUCCUGGCCUGGAGGUGGUCAGCCUGGAGCGCUGUGACAGCAUCACGGAUCAGUCUGUGACGGCCAUCGCCGAGAACUGCCCUCUGCUGCACUACAUCUGUCUCUCCAACUGUCCGGCGCUGCGGGACGUGUCGCUGCUGCGACUGGCCGCCCACUGUCCUCGCCUGGUGACUGUGGAGGUAGCCGGCUGCGCGAACUUCACCGACCACGGAUUCCAGGCACUCGCCAGGAACUGUCACUAUCUAGAGAAGAUGGAUUUAGAGGACUGUGUCGCCAUCUCUGACAGCACACUGGCGGCGCUGGCUCAAAACUGUCCCCGCCUGGAGACUUUGACCCUGUCUCACUGCGAGCUGAUCACGGACGAGGGUAUUCGGAUGCUGGGCACGGGCCCAUGCUCCACCGAGCACCUGGCUGUGCUGGAGCUGGAUAACUGUCCGCUCAUCACCGACCAGAGUCUGGAGCACCUGCAGGCGUGCCACAACCUGCAGCGCAUCGGCCUCUACGACUGCCAGCUCAUCACUCGCAACGGCAUCAAACGGCUGCGGAGUCACCUGCCCAACAUCAACGUGCACGCGUACUUUGCGCCGCAGACGCCGCCACCGUCGCAGGGCGGCUCCCGCCAGCGCUACUGUCGGUGCUGCAUCAUCUUAUGAAACUGGUUCUCUCCGUACUGGGCGUGGCCGGCGGGCGGCGAGCGGUUCCGGGCGGUGCGCUGGGGCGGCUUCCUGCAGCCCGCCUACCAGCUGCUGCUGCCCGGGCCGCUGGAGGCCGUUCUGCGCGCCGCCGGACUGCGCGUUACAUUCGGCGCCGACCGGCACGGCCGCUUCCUGCGCGUCACGCGCCGCCAGCGCCGCCGCCGCGCCGCCGUCGCCGACCACUUCCACGCCUACUACGUGUGGCUGUGUAAGGUGGGCGGCCGGCCGGGCCUGAAUCAGUACCUGAUUCUGCCCAUCAGCUAUCAGGUGACGUACGGCCACCGCGCGCGCCAGGCGUGUGCUGUAUGCCUGGUGCCGCCCGGCUAGAGCGCAGCCCGCCCGCCGCCGCCGCUGCCCAGCAAUCAGACUGGCCAGUGCGGUCUGCCGCCUACUAAUCCUGGUGUGCAGACUCACAGAUCCAUACAGCGGCCACCGGCCAUGUCCUGCCCGAAACCGGCCGUCUGUUAUUCGAAAGAACUCGCGGCGCCAGCUUGGUGCUUAGAAAAUCGGCGGGACGGCGGCUGGGGAUCACCAGUGGCGAAGAGGGCAUCGGCAGCAGCGGCCAGGAGCCGGCGCAUCCAUCUGAGCCGGCCUCUGCACAGUACGGAGAGAGAGAGAGCAGCAGCACGGAGGGAGGAGAGAGGGAGAGAGCGGCGGGAGACCGCGCCGCCCUCGGAGUGUACAUAGUGACGGCAGGCGCCGCGGGGGCCGAGCGUGUUCCGCUCCUGGUUGUGCGCGGUGCGUGUUUUGUACGUGGCCGCCAGCCGAGAGGCUGUGUUAGGAGAGCGAUGUAGGCUCUGCGCCGCCAUCGCGGCGGCUCAGUUAACGGCUUGUCUGUUACGCUUUAUGUAGCGUGUUUAGUGGUGCUUUCACUGCAUUUGUUUGCUUUUACAGCAACUUCCUUUUUCUGGAACGGGGUAUUAUGUGCUAUAUACGCUCGGGGCGGGAGGCUGAAUGUUGUGAAACGUUCCUGUGUCAAAUGAUCUUUACUUGACGUAUAACCUGUGACGAUUGUAGCGGCGCCGCGCGGCGCCCGGCUCUGUGUACGGUGUCGGCCUGCGCGGCCUCUAGAGGAUAUGUCGGAUGGGAGCGUAUCGUGUGAGCUUUGUGCCGGCCGCUAGGACCAAGAGGGCGCCACUGGGGCGGCCGGCGCGCCGCGCACCCCGCCGCCGCCAGCAGCAGCUAUAGGUCGUGGGCAGCUCGCUCCGGCGCCACCUCACUCUCCUCUCCAGUUACAUAAGUGUACUUAACGCGGCGCGGCCGAGGGAGGCCCACAGUACUGGCCCGUCGACCCGGCCGGCCGGCCGCGCCCCUCCCGCCGCACACUGCUGCACGGCCGGCCCGCCCACCCAUCAGACAUCAUUCAUAGUCCAGUCUUUCUUACCGACAGAGACCGAACCCCGUGUCGCGUCCGGGCCGCCGGUCCGCCCGCCGCGCGCGCGAGCGGCCGGCGGCGUCCUCUGCACGCCGCGUCCAAUCAGCGCCGACUCGUGAGAGAGAGACCCUUGGGGCGACGCUGUACUCGCCGAGACCAUGUGUGUGCCGUGUGCAUGUACGUAGGCACUUUCAUUGUGAUAUGCAUAUACGAAGAUGCGGCGGGUGGCCGUCCGUCUCAGCUCCCGUAGACUGGUGGUACGCGCUUUUGACUAGGAUCAUUUAUGAUUUUGAAAUGAAUAUUCGCAAUAACA